AUGCUCGAGUGGCUCCGCGGCUUCCUCCAGCAGGAGGCCAAGCUCCCCGAGAAGGACACAGUGGUCAUCUGGGCGGCGAUCGUGACGGCGUUAUUCUUCCUCCUGCGGGCCUCAGAGUACCUCCUCCAGGACGGGCGCUCGUGGUCCUUCGAGCGCGUGCUGCAAAGGGAGGACGUAGAGCCCAGAAAGGCCGGCAAACGCGUGCCCAGCUUCCAGGACGCCGACGAGAUGGUGAUCUACAUCAAGGGCAGCAAGACGGACCAACUCAACGUCGGGACGGUGAGGAACCACUACCGCGCCGGCACGACGCUCUGCCCUAUCGCGGCGAUGGAGCGGCUCCAGGCUCACCAUCCCCAGCGGAUAAAGGGCACCGAAAAACGGCUGCCCAUUUUCCGCUGGGCAUCAGGUACCCCGAUUCGCAGGGCCGAGGUGCAGCACUUCCUGACGGUCGCGGGGCUGGCCGCCGGGCUCUCCAGGGAGGAGAUCGGCAGCCGCUCCUUGAGGAUCGGCGGAGCGACCGCGAUGUACCACGUGUCCGAAGACCUCUCCCGGGUGCGCUGGUUCGGGCGCUGGCAGUCAGACGCGUUCCACGGCUACCUGUGGGAGUCGCACGAGCCGAUGAAGGGCGAUUCCAGCAAGAUGGCCAGGGGCACCUCCUCGCUGACCAACCCGGCGAAGGACGGCGCCCCCGCCAGGGCCGCCGCCGGCGCCGAGAGCGCCAGGCGUGAGAGCCCAUGA